GCAACGUCGAAUGAAGCCGAGUGACUUGAAAAGAAAAGAAACUUUAGUCGAAGCAGGACUAAUUUGCAGCUUUCACGGAAUGUUUGAUGGUCAGAUUGGAUUAUAGAUAUUGUUCGGAGAAGGAUCUUAAAUGCAAAGUUUUUUUCAAUGCUGGAUUUAAUCGUCCUUUUAGUAAAUUUAGCACGCCUGACAACCGUAUUUCAUCCGUGUGCAGUUAUUUCAAUAUCCGGAUUUUAGUGCCACAGUGGAGGCAGGUCUUUGGUCGGAGACAACAGACAUCGGUGGGAUUUUGCUUUGGCUUUCCUAUUUAAUUGACUUUUUAAAAUUAGCUUUUUCAGCAAUACUUGGGAUAGUUUUUCAAGCAGCUUCUUAUCUGUAAAAUGAUCCGUCACAUAUAGCUAAACAGUGAUCGUGAUUGACUGCUUGCUUAAGGUGGUGUAAAUCGAACGGGCGACCUCCACAAUUUACGGAGACCUGGGAUCGUUGCUAACCGCGCGACUUAAAGGGCACGCCCCUUUUCUCUUAUGGAAAAUUACCUCAGGUUCACUUCUUUACACCUGUACACCUGACGCGCGUCAAAGGGCGUUCUUCAUCUCAGGUGAGGACCUUGCUGAGCAGGUGGAGUCCCGCGCUCCACUCUAGGCCUCUCUGGAGAAAGGCCCCCGAUGAUGAGCGUAAACAUGGGUCACAGUACUACACAGAGGACUGGCCUACACAUACAGACAGAUGAUGGCGUCACCACUGGACCAGGCCAUCACAGGAACUCGCAAGAUGAUGAAGAAGCUCUUCACUCCAUCAUGAAGGACCUGGCAGCUUUGGGUCGUUGCUACAGCAAGCCUCAAACCAAGGCUCUGCCCCUCAAGCAGGACCUGAGAAUAAAGUUGGAGCAUGAGAGGGAGAAAAGGAUAAUCUUGUUCCAGCGGCCCUUGAAGCACAGAGAUCUCCUGGAGAAAGUGACCAAUGCUUUUGGACAGAAGAUGGACUUGUUCUACACCGAUAAAGAGGUACUGCUGCCUCUUCAGUCCCAGGCCGAUCUGGACCGGGCCGUGCAGACCCUGGACCGGGCCCCGGCCUCUGCCAGUCUGAGAGUUCUGGUCAAGAGUCCGAAGAACAACCACUUCCUACAGGUCAGCAGUAGAGAGGAUAAGCAGUCUGAGAUGAGGUCAUCCAAAUCUCUGGGAGACCUGAAGGGCUCCCCCUUCAAAGGCUCAGAGAGGGUUCGAAAGCACUCAACAGGCUCUCUGCACACGGGCCGUAGCUCCCCGCCUCCUGGCAGCGUCCCGGAGGAGCAGCAGCUAAUCGCCAGGCAAGGCUCCUACACCAGCAUCCACAGUGAGGGGGAAUUCAUCCCCGAAACACUGGACCAGAGAGUCCUGGAUCCCUUUGGGAGUGGAGACGUCUCGCUGUCUGACAGCUGUCAAUCACUGGAUCAAACGCUGGACAGCCCACCGUACUCCCAGGGCAGCCGGGACAAUAAUUACCUGAACAUCGGCUGCGAGUACAAAGGCAGACACAGGAAAGGCGGGACGUUCCCCAGGCAGUUUCAUCUGUCCAGUCACAGGUUGGAUGACGGUCGGAGGACCUUCCCUCGCAGUUUCAUGCCUCAGGAGAGCCUGUUCCCACCGGUCUGCUCCAGUCGAACCCGCAGCUUCACCGGCGACAGCACCCUGCAGUACUGCGACCUGAACUUCCUGGGCUGGCCCUCCGACAAACCCAGCCCUGACUCCCCCACUAACUCCUCUCGCGCUCCUGUGAACUGGCGUCUGGGGAAGAUGCUGGGGCGCGGCGCGUUCGGAGAGGUGUACCUGUGCUACGACGCAGACACCGGCCGAGAGCUCGCAGUCAAGCAGGUGCCCUUCGACCCCGACUGCCAGGACACCAGCAAGGAAGUGAACGCUCUGGAGUGUGAGAUUCAGCUGUUGAAGAACCUGAGGCACGAGCGCAUCGUGCAGUACUACGGCUGUCUGCGAGACCCAGACAGCAGGAAGCUCUCCAUCUUCGUGGAGUUCAUGGCAGGGGGCUCGGUGAAAGAUCAGCUGAAAGCGUACGGUGCGCUGACGGAGAAGGUGACGCGUAGAUAUACUCGGCAGAUCCUGCAAGGGGUCUUCUACCUCCACAGCAACAUGAUCGUGCACAGAGACAUCAAAGGCGCGAACAUUCUUCGGGACUCCUCUGGGAAUGUGAAGCUGGGUGACUUCGGUGCCAGUAAACGCAUCCAGACCAUCUGCAUGUCUGGGACAGGGAUCAAGUCUGUCACCGGCACCCCGUACUGGAUGAGCCCGGAAGUGAUCAGUGGAGAGGGAUACGGACGCAAGGCAGAUGUCUGGAGUGUGGCCUGUACAGUGGUGGAGAUGCUGACCCAGAAGCCCCCGUGGGCGGAGUUUGAGGCAAUGGCCGCCAUCUUCAAGAUCGCCACCCAGCCCACGAAGCCCUCUCUGCCCGAGAGCGUGUCCGACGCCUGCCGGGACUUCCUGCGGCUGGUGUUCGUGGAGGAGAAGGGUCGGCCCACCGCCAAGGAGCUGCUCAGCCACCCCUUCAUCCUGGGGGGCUUCUAACCAGCGCCCACCCCCGCCCCUUCCCACACCUCCACAAGCACGCUCUGACCUCCAGAGUCACCAGCAAGUCCCAACAACAUGGCCUCCGCAGGGCUCUGGCUGACCGGCCACGCUCACAGCCCUGCCCCCCUCGCCCGCAGUGGGUACAGGGUGUCCCAGACAGGGCCGGGCGUGUCGCUACCCCCUUGCGAAAUUAAGCUGUCGCUGCGCGUUCCUUCUCCAGAGCGAGAAGGAUGAGUUUGGCUUAGAGGGGAUGAGCCCCGCCCCAGUAUGCUGCCAUGGCGGCCCCAUUUUACCACUUAGUGGUUGAAAGAUACAAUGCUUAUGCAUUUAGCUGAAAACGGUCGGAGUGUACGCCUUCCACUGACAAAGCACUUCUCUUUCUUUAGUGCCUGGCAACACUGUAGUAAGAGCUGUCAAUCAUUCAUUAGAUGCCUUAUGCCCUAAACUCAGAAGCCAAUCAGAAAUGCCAUUGCUAUAGAAAAACAGCUAGUCAUGUGAUAAGGAAGCGUUCUCUGCCCGCACUGUAAAACUGUCCAAUUUAAAUCAGCUCUAAUCAUGUACAUUUUGCCAAUAGAGUAAAUUCAAUCCCUAUUGAACUUGUACAAACUUACAGUUGAAUUAACUCUGAACAUUUUAAUGUGAAAUGAUUGGGUAUGGAGUUAAUGGGUUUACCAUAUUAGCUAUUAUUAACGGUAAUUGGACUGAUGUUAAAAUUUGCCACAGUGCAUGUAUUUCUUGCCUACAGAAGUGAAUGUUUUGUCUUGAGAAGGUCGCACACACCUACAUUGUACUGUAUUAUUUUAAGUGAGCUCCCUUACUCAAAAAUGCGCACUCAAAAAGGACCCUUAUGAAUUAAUCUAACAUUUUGUCCUUGCACUUUUUAUUGUAUAUUCAUAAGGAGAACAAUUUGUAGAAUAAUCUAUUGAAAUUGCAAAAGAAUAUUUUUGAUAAUAUAAAAUACAUUUUUUAUAAUUUAAUAACAAAAGCUGUUUUUAUUGGUCACUGAAAUGUUUACAUAGGAAUAGGAACCUCCUGUAGGUUACAUGUUGUAAAUAGGGAGAAGGCAAGCAAUACUCCCAACACAGUGAAUUAGGUCUCUGGAUUGGAUUAGGCUGAUCUGCAUGUGAAUCAUCCAACAUCACACAAAUGACCAAAGACGGUCAGUGAACUCACUCCAGUAAAGUGCUAAGGCCAGUUCAUAUAUGAAAUGUGAUCUUUAUUAAAUUGUCCCUUUGGUUGCUCCAAAAAGCAGUUAGAAAUUAACCACAUAAAAACACGAACACUAUUUCCCCUGACGGGAAAUGUAAUACAGUGCUAAAUGUUGUAAAUGUGUAGGAAAAUACAUUUGCAAUAUCUAAAAAUGACGAUAAUUUCUCAUAUGCUCAUUUGCUCAUAUAUCGUGUAUCAUCAUAUAUCAUAUAAGUCAUGCUGUAUCUUGAAAAUAUAUUUUACUAUAUUUUCAGUAUAUUGCUAUUUCACUACGAUUUAUUGAUUUGGGGAAUUCUCUUCUUAUUUAGUCCCAAUAAUUUUAAUUAUCCUACAAGUGAACAUUUUGUCCCUCAAAAUAACUAUGCACACUUUAAUUAGAGUAACAGUUGCUUUGUUUAAUUUGACUGGUGUGAUAGCCGGUGGAAAUUGUAUUAUCAUACAGAAAGUAAAAUAGUUUCUUCAGCCUGUCACCGUAGAUCCCCUCCUCAGACCCUGGGACCACUGAUGUACGCACAGAAGGGCGCCCGGUCUUGGGUUCACUUUGCUUAAUGCUCAGUUCAUUUAUUUAUUUGAUUCUCUAUGAAGUAUAGAUACUGGAUAUAUGAGCCCAGAUACAUUUUCCCUCGAAGCAACCCCAGGGACAUUUUAAAAAUGAUCGUAAACGAGCGUACAAGCGGUGUUCCGCCUCGUGUUUUUUUUAAAAACAGAUCUUCCCGUGCAAUUUUAUUAAUUGCACUUGUGCUGCAAGUUAAUUGCUCCAUUGCGUGAUUACUCCUCUAUAUACACAACGUGAGCAGAAAAUAUUUUUCCUGAAAAGGAGAGUUGCUGUCACGUGGCUCAUCAAACACAAGCUUAAUUUUAAAAUUGAAAUCAAAAGAUCUUGUUUGGAGAAUUGUGAGUCAUAUUUUCAUAAUUCCAUAUGAAAUCUAUUUUUACCAGUUUGCCUGAGCUGAUCUUUUUUGUCCUUAUUCAGUGUCCUGGUAGGCAGGCAGGGCAGAGUGUUUCUCCUCCAGGAUGCACUCUGCCAGUUUCCUGUUUCCUUUCCAGUCAGUUAUGAGGUGCAGUCUCUGCAGAGGGUGGACUGUGCAGUCACUGUAGUGGUGGACUGCUGCACGUGUAGGUAGACGCAGGCCGUGCAGAGUGGUGUCUCGUGCGUUUAUUGUGCGUCUCGAGGAGAACCCUGCGGACAGGAGCCCUCCCUCCCUCACUCCGACCAGCGACGCUGCCCUCAGCAUGGUCCGGAUCUGGUGGCUAAGAACGAGUGAUUUCACAGGACAGCUCACCUGAAGCUCCGUUUGACGUUAAGCUCAUAAUUUAUCAUUUAUAUUAUAUUAUUAUAUAAUUUUUUGGUGUAUUGGGGCAGAACAUUCAAAUUGCAAAUGAACUGGGACUGAUUUUUGAAGAUGUAAAAGAUGUAAAAGACUUGAUAUUCCACACGCAAUUCCUUGAAGGGUGAUUAAUAACCAGAGCUGGUAAUGUAUUGUUUGUGCCUUCUACAAAUCUGAUCUUGAAAGAAAUACAUCUCUUUCAUGUGCAUUUGAUGCUGAAUGUGUAUUCACUUUUAUACGAAGAGGUUGAGUCCAGGACUUUAUUCUGUAUAUUGAGACGGUUUGCUUAGUCUUGGCAGAUUAUAAUGAAGAUGAUUGUAGAGGAGGUAUAUCACUGAAUGAAGGGUGGGAUGGAAUGGUUUUGAGUGAGGCUCAGUGACAUUCAUAGGCCUUCCAAUGACAAACCACGGACAAUUUGCCAAAUAAGGAAUUAUUGUUCAAGGAAGAUGAUGAAAUACUUUUUCUUUCCACUUGCCAACCAACAGCAUCCUCCCACUGUGGGGGUCAACUUUAUUACACACACACACACACACACACACACACACACACACACACACACACACACACACACACACACUCAUACUUACACACCCCCUUCCCAGUUCACCACUUCAUGAUACGAUGUCAGUCAUCCCCACCUCCGACAAUGAGAAAGAUAAAAAAUAUAUAAGAAUUAUUAUAUAUUAAUAACAAAACAAGAUCCCCUAACAAGAAAAUACAUGGACAAACAAACUUCAAAUGAUUGAAUCCAUGAGACAGACAGGAAUCACAUUAACAAACAGACGAGACCUAAUAAGAGACAAGCACAGACAUGAGGCGAGCAUUUAGCUAAUAUUAUAAACUGAACUGGUACUGGCUAUCUUUUUAUUAUAAUUUGUAUACUAAUGUUCUCGGAUGGUAUGGUAUGGAUGGGUGCAUUUGGAAGCAUUUGGGGAAAUUCUUGUAUUUUAGGUGUGAAAUCGAGGAGUUUGUGGAAUUAGCUCAUUGGCAGCUGUUGGGAAACAGUGAAUGGUAUCCAUAUUUCAUAAAAUGAUUGUAUUUGGAGAGUGCUGUUAUUUUAUCCAUUGAGAUGUGUUUUGUCAACAAGUUUAACUAUUGAGAUGUAUUGACUUUGUCUGUGCUUUAUCCCUUCAUCCAUAUUUCCAGUUGACUAUUGUUUUUUUUGUUUGUUUUGGCAAUAGUUAAGGUGAUUAAGAAUGGGUUGUUGAUGUUUAGGUGAUGGUUCAGUUCAGACAAGUCUCCAAGCAGGCACAGGGCUGGGGGAGUGGAAUGCUAUGGCCCAGAAGAGUGGAUAGUUUGUUUAUUAUGCCUUUUUACAGAAUAGUCUGAUUGGGGGGCAGAACCAGGUGACGAAAACUAUGUAAUAUUUCCUGAUGAUACCUGAAUUGUUUUCAAAUAUGUUUCCAGGUGUAUCAUCCUUGUAGUCAUUCCAUUAUUUUAAAUUGAAAGUUAUUAAGACAGUUUCUUUGUCUUUGUCUUUUUCUUGGGAGUUCAGUAUUCACUGUGAGAAAUGAUGCUCCCUCUCUGCAGCUUCCUAAAGUAUGGUAGAUUGUAUUUCUGGGGAGUCAUUCAGAUCAAUAAAGGAUAUCCACUAAAAAAUCCAUCCAAAUCCAUUAAGAAAAUGUUUUAAAAUGAUGUAUCUUUCAGAAGUGUUUAGUUGAAUCGCCACCUAGUGGAAGGUUUGAGUUUGGUUUUAUUCAUUAGGUUGAAACUACUUGGCUCAUCUGAUAUGAUUGUGAGAUGAAAUGGGAUUUUUUUUUAACCGCCAUCUAUCACCCAGGCCUAGCUCAGUCAUAUACUGUGAGUGCCAGGGUCUAUAAUUGUUUGGAUUAAUAACUCAAAAUUGCAAAUGAACAAUGAAUGAUUCGAAAUGUGAACAAGUAGAAUUGAGCAUGAUGAUAUUCCACACUCAAUUCCUUGAAGGGUGAUUAAUAACCAGAAGUGGUAAUGUAUUGUUUGUGCCUUCUACAAAUCUGAUCUUGAAAGAAAUACAUGUCUUUCAUGUGCAUUUGAUGCUGAAUGUGUAUUCACUUUUAUACGACGAGUUUGAGUCCAGGACUUUAUUCUGUAUAUUGAGACGGUUUGCUUAGUCUUGGCAGAUUAUAAUGAAGAUGAUUGUAGAGGAGGUAUAUCACUGAAUGAAGGGUGGGAUGGAAUGGUUUUGAGUGAGGCUCAGUGACAUUCAUAGGCCUUCCAAUGACAAACCACGGACAAUUUGCCAAAUAAGGAAUUAUUGUAUAAGGAAGAUUAAAUAAACUCAUUUUUUAAGAGCACAA